AUGAACUUGCCCGACCCAUGUCUCCUGGGUAUUGUGCUGACGAUAUCCACGCAUUCGGGGCCUCAAGUAGUAUACCACUAUCCGCCUGUAGACGCACUUUCCUCGCGAAAGAAAAAGAAGAAGCAAGAACUUGAACAAGAAAUUGCCGUCCAGAGUAGCAAUGAAUCUGGACCUGGUCGUUGGGAAAGUGCUAUGCAAAGAAAAAAAUCUCUAAAGUCCCAUCACGAGAUUGAAAGUGAGGCUGAUUUCUCCGUGCAUUCCCUUAAAACAGAGGACCUGGACAAUCCCGAGACAAGUGAUAGCUCUGAUAGUGAUACCAGCACGGGACUAAGUGACAGUGAUAUAUCGACUGAUUAUGCCGAUUUGUCGUCAGGAUCAAACUCGUCGGGGUCGGACGACGAGUUUCCAAUCAACUCUGAUGAAACAGGUGCUCUACGGCUCUCCUCUGAUAACAACGCAAGUCUCCAAUCACUCGGCAAUUCGCUGAAAAGUAACACCAGAGACCUUCAUACAAGUGCUAGUAGGGUUUUCCAGUACUUGAGUCCACAGGACUCCAAGCGCAACUCGAUAGUUUCUAAGCACACCUUGAAUCGAGAUCAAGAUGUUUCCUCGCCCAUCAUGGAUCAGGAGUCGGAUGGGGAGGCUCCAAAUAUGUAUGAACUUGACGAGCAGCAUUUUGGGACAGAGUUUCAAGCCAUCAAUAAAGUUCUACGAUUUGACGCCGAUUUUUUCGCAGAGGUGAGCUCACCACCCAAGGAAAUGUGCAAUACUAGAUUUGAGCUGUCAAUCGACGAGCUCGUCCUUGUUGGACUUCCAAUUCAUAGAGACCCGGAAGGUCAGUGGAGAAAAUCAAAGAAAAAAAGGUAUGGUAACCGUUCCAGGCACUCAAACUCAAGCUCAAGAGCCAGACAUACUUCUCAUUCGCUCUCCGGAACAACAGAUGCGAAUGGGAACUCAAAUAUUCCUCUCAAUGAUGGCCCUUUCUCUCCUAUCUUCCAAGUGGACGCAAAUGGGGAUGAUUAUCGUGACCUCGCGGAAAGCGUUAAUAUGUUUCAUUUGUGCUUCCUGCUGAAUCCUCAAUUGGUUGAGUAUAACGAGAGGGUGGAUGACAUGUACCAUUACGUUAUCUCGAGACUAUCCCUUAUCCUGCGGUACGCACAGGCUAAAACAGCUUUUGUAACUAAUGAGUGUCUUGAGAUCUUAAAGACUAGAGACCAUGUCCUGAAAAACUCACAGAGAUAUCAGUCGAUCAAAGGCCAAGGUAACAAGGGUAAGUACCUCUACCAGAAGAUUUUGAAUAAAUCGGCUUUGGCACGAAUCAUCACUAAAUGUUUCGAUGCGAUUUCAAAAAACGAAGUAGCGAAUCUGGAAAUCGACGAAGACAAAAUGGUAUCGCUACAAAUUCCUCUCAAGGACGAAUUCUCUGUGCUUCCGGAUGUUAAGGUUGACCCAGUUCUGAAAGGCUCAUUUUUGACCUCCAUUUUAAAUCAUAAAUUUCUAGAGAAAGGUUCGAAAGCAGAAUCGAUAGAACAGAUUUCCAAUCUUGAACAGGAUGACGACCUUUUGAAUUAUGCACUUCUACUUUUGAACGAGCCGGCUGCGAUUAUUCAGGAAUUGCAGUAUUCGUCGUUUCAGAAUGAUGUGGCGUCUGUCAUCUUGACGUCUUUAGUGAAGAACUUGAAACCAACAGUGCCUCUUCGCAGCUAUCAGUAUAUCGUAGAUGAGGUCAUGGGCGAAUCCAAUUCAAUCGACGGUGAUCAAAGAAAUUCUAUUCAAAGUGGUAUGCUGAGAUCCCUUGCUUUGCAUCUGAUGUACUGGCGCCAUGCGAGGAUCAUAUUACCCAUAUCAUCCAAAAGUACGUACAUUGUCUCGCCACUGGCUCCAGUGUCCGGAUCUGAAAAGGAUCAUUCGAAGGAGAAAGAAGAGCAUCUAGUGGAAAACAAGCCAUUGAUUUUCCAAAAUCAGGAUGUCUUCGCCAAGAGAUUUCCUUCACUUCCACCUCUCGCUUCAUUUUUGAGCUUGAUAUCCUCUUCAAAGCCUAGGCCAUUUGGAGCAUUCAUACCGUCCAAAGAUCACAAAAGCGUUUACCUAAACGCUUUGAGCUGGUUGAUUAGACACGGAUAUCUGACCCAACUACUGACUUUUGUUUGGGUUCGCGUUGACUCGCGUAUCAAGAUAGCAGUCGAUGAAGACUUAGAAAGGGAUGGUGUGAAAAGAUCAAAAACUUCCAGGCAGCUCAAUACCGGCACUAACGACAAUACUGCAGCUCCUGAUCUCCAGGAUGAUUUACCAGAUGAGCUGGAUCUUUACUACUACGGUGGCGACGAAGACGUGUUCAACCGAGCUGACUACACAAUAAUUUUAAACCCUGAAAGAGCCACGGCAGUUGAGAAGAGAUGGUUGUACAAAUGCGUUGAAGAUCAACCUUCUGAGGUACAGGCUCUUUUUCACAAACUGGUGAAAUACUUCAACGGAAGCACGCCUCUCGAGCUAACCCUCAUACGAGAAGGAAUAUCAAGACACGAAAUUCGCAAGCUUAUGCAAGCCCUGGGUAAGUACUUAGUUGAAAUAAAUCACUGGUAA